UUUCAGAAAUUAUGUCAAUAAUUCUGCAAUUGCAAACUCCACACGUAUCCAAUACAUACGAUGGUUCGAAAGUUCAUGAGGUGGCUGGUCACAAGUUCAGAGCUGCAGCUCUACUUCAACCAACUUGUUGUGCUUUUUGCUCCAAGAUUAUAUAUGGGCUUGGAAAACAAGGAUAUAGGUGUCUAGGUUGCGAAACAGUAGUGCACAAGAAAUGCCACGCCUCCAUGAUCACAUGUUGUGUUUAUGAUUCCUCGCGCCGUUCGUCACUGGCUUCAGUGUCCACGAGUACAAAAAAUUGGCCAUCUAAAUCUUCAUCUGCGCCCUCAUCUCCUACAGCCGGCUCAACUGCUAAAAAAGAAUACGAAAAAGUUAAAUUGUCAAGGAAAUGAAUAAAAAUUGGUGUUUUUUUU